GCGGCACCCGGCUGGUUUCCAGGAGGAGCCCUUUUCUCCCUCUCGUUGCAUGUUAGGCAUUUUUGCACAGCUUUCCCCCCCCACCCCCUCCCCGCCGGGGCAGGGUUACCUCUGCCGCCUGCUCUCCGCAUCUCUGGUGGGGAGCGAAGCAGCCAACUCCGCUGCGAUCGGAAAGCGGCCAGAGACCAUUUUAUGUGAGCGAGCCGGGUGGGAAGAAGCGGAGAGAAACCGUCGCAGGGACACAGGCGGAUAUAAAGACUUGUCUUCUGCCUCCCCCCCUCUCCCUCCCCCUUGUAAACACUAAAUCUGUGAAGGCAGCGAUUUGACAUCCACCCUGAGCAGCGGCUAUGGGGUGUUUGGGCAACAGCAAAACGGAGGAUCAGCGUAUCGAUGAGAAAGCGCAGCGAGAAGCCAACAAAAAAAUAGAGAAGCAGUUGCAGAAAGAGAGGCUGGCUUAUAAAGCGACACACCGCUUGCUGCUGCUGGGGGCUGGUGAGUCAGGAAAAAGCACUAUUGUGAAACAAAUGCGAAUCCUACAUGUCAAUGGAUUUAAUUCAGAAGAAAAGAAACAGAAAAUACUGGAUAUUCGGAAAAAUGUUAAAGAUGCGAUUGUGACUAUAGUUUCAGCUAUGAGCACUUUAAUACCCCCAGUUCCAUUGGCCAACCCAGAAAACCAAUUUCGAAUGGACUACAUCAAGAGUAUAGCUCCUCUUUCUGACUUUGACUAUACACAGGAGUUCUUUGAACACGCAAAAAAGCUCUGGGAUGACGAAGGUGUAAAGGCAUGCUUUGAGAGGUCAAACGAGUAUCAGCUGAUUGACUGUGCACAGUACUUUUUAGAAAGAAUUGACAGCGUCAGCAUGGAUGACUACACACCCACAGAUCAGGACCUAUUAAGAUGCAGAGUGUUGACAUCAGGGAUUUUUGAAACAAGAUUUCAAGUAGAUAAAGUAAAUUUCCACAUGUUUGAUGUAGGUGGCCAGAGAGAUGAGAGAAGAAAAUGGAUCCAGUGCUUUAAUGAUGUCACAGCUAUCAUCUUCGUUGUGGCUUGCAGCAGCUACAACAUGGUAAUAAGGGAAGACAAUAACACAAACAGACUACGGGAAUCCCUGGACCUUUUCAAAAGUAUCUGGAAUAAUAGGUGGUUACGGACCAUUUCUAUCAUUUUAUUCUUGAAUAAACAGGACAUGCUGGCUGAAAAAGUCUUGGCAGGGAAAUCAAAAAUUGAAGAUUACUUUCCUGAAUACGCGCAUUAUACUGUACCUGAGGAUGCAACACCAGAUGCAGGAGAAGACCCCAAAGUCACAAGAGCCAAGUUCUUCAUCCGGGAUGAGUUUUUAAGGAUAAGUACAGCGAGCGGAGACGGCCGGCAUUACUGCUACCCACACUUCACAUGUGCAGUGGACACAGAAAACAUCCGCAGAGUGUUCAACGACUGUCGAGACAUCAUUCAGAGGAUGCACCUCCGCCAGUACGAACUCUUGUGAGGGGAAUCACCGUGGAACCUGUGGUUUUAAAUUCUUUGCUCCUUACUCUUUCUCUUGAUACUACCCCACACAGGGUGGAAGAAUAUACUAUAGAAAUGUCAGUCUCUUCACUUUGUUUACUUUCAAUUGUUUAACCUUAAAGCUGAUUUGAAGCAAGUUCGGGUUAUUUUCCCUUCAUGCUUUUUGGGACUAUUUUUGUGCUUUAUUUUGACAUGCCACUUCUUCGUCAUUCCACUAAGCCCUUUGGCUACCUCUGUUUCCUUAGGUUUUGUUUUUUUUAAACUGAACGUGACCUGCUAAAUUUUUUCCAGCGGGUUAACCUCAGUUCAGACCGGUAUGUCAGCUGGAUGACACUAAAGUCAUACCUAUCCCUCUGUGUGGGUUUCCUUUUUAACGUGACAUUGAAGAGUACUUGAUGGGUGAAAAAAAAGAUUAAUGCACUUUGUAUCAGGUUAUUAAAUACUGUUGAGGAAGUAGACACACAAUGUAGCAGCACCACAAUAUUUAUUACUCUGUCACAGUUUUUAGCAUUUCUGAGUUGCAGGUCAACUGAUAAAGUGACCUCCUCUUUUAAGCCGUUACUGGCACAGGAAGUAGAGUAGAUAAUGAGAGGAACAGUGAAGACAAAGCAAUUUUUCUGGGGUUUUGGAGCUAAGUGUCUCUGCACACCUCAGGCAUUUGAAUUACAGCUACUUUUCAGCCUGUUGCAUCUGGGCAGAAAAUUUACCACCCUCACUUAUGUUAUUUGUGCUGUCCACAAAUGAUCCUUUUAGUUCUGAUCAUUCUUGGACAACAGUCCUCUCCCUAUAUAUAUUUUUUUGUUUUACUGCUGGUUUAUUAUAUUGUACAGACUGUAAAAUGUAAUAUUAUUUUGUACAACUUUAUUGAAGAAAAAUACUUGUAGAAGAUCUUUGUGCCUUGAUUAUGGCUGUACCUGUAAAAUGAGCUAAGAUGUAAGUAUGUUUUUGAUUGCGCUGUACAGCUUGAUGUCAACCUUACCUGCAGCAGUGACUGGAGGUAAGAACUUUAUCUGUAGAGUUUAGGGGUUUUUUUCUGGUUUAUAUAAAAAUGCUCUUUAGUAUAAAAAUUAUAAAUUAUGCAAAUUAACCACUUACCUUUCCAAGUAAGGUAUUACAGUCACCGGAUGUUGCAGCAAACAUGCCUUUCUCUUUUGAAGUCUCAGCUUUAAAACAUUGGAAUUCAUUCAAGUGUCCAAAUUGCAACCUGGUGUUGUUUUAAUGGGAACCAAGGAUUUCUUUUUUUUUUUCCUUCUUUUUUGUUUUUUGUCCUUUAUAUUUAGAAAAUAUGUUUGGUAAUUCUUUGGUCAUUCAUAGAACUUCACAAUUGCACAGACCGAUUGUGAAUGUGUAAAGCACCAUUAUAUAGAGCUCUUCAAUCUUUGUACCAACAGCGGCUUUCAUUGUGCAAGUAAAUCGCGAGAAAGAAGAUAAGAAAAAAAAAAAGGUGUAUAAACCCUUGUGUCUGGCCUAAGAGAAUUACAAGAUGACAUUUUUAUUUCUCUUUUAAUAAAGAGACACAUUAGAAAAUUGUUUUAUUUUAAAUAUUGUAGAAUCAAAAUGUGUGAACAUUUCUCAAACUUGAAUAAUUUAUGCAAAUGACAUUCUCAAAACAAGUUGUGGUACAGUACAAUAUAUAAAAAGCAAGAAUUGCUGUAGCAAUAAGGCAUGUCCUUUUUAGUAACUAUAACACUGCUUUAUAUUUUAUACAUAGGUGUUUUAUGUCUGUGACUAUAUACUUUUCCUGUGUCCAAGAUAACCUGUACAAAUGUCUAAAAUUACAGUUGCAAUAACAGAAACCUA